UCAAUCAUUCCUAGCUACAACCUUCGCCAUGGGAAGGAUCUAUAAGACGUUCUGGCACCACCAUGAGAGCGACGAGUAUACUAGGGAGCUCACUCCGAUGGACAUAGCGUUUAUAUUAAAUGCUUCAAAUGCUAACAAGUGCAAUGAUUGUCAAAAUAACACUGAUUAUCGUCGCAAUCCCUGGCGAUGUGAUUUAUGCUACAAGGUGUGGCACCUUGAAUGCAUCCCAAGCUCUCCUGACGAAAUAAACCACCCGUUCCACCCAUACCAUCCGCUCAAGCUUCUCAUUGAUGGCCCACCUGACUACUCUCAUGGGAACUGUGGUACAUGCAAGCAGGACCUCAAGAGAUUUUUCUAUCAUUGCUCGAUAUGCGAUUUCAGCAUGCAUGUGAGGUGCGCCAACGAUCCCCCACCACCCUAUGUGGAUUCCCCGUGGUGCCACAAGCAUACUCUCACCCUUAUGGCUAGAAACGACACCUUCACUUGUAACGCUUGUGGUAUGCAUGGCGAACAAUGCCCUUACGUAUGCGCUCCUUGCGGUCUCAUGUUCCAUCGGGAUUGUAUCACGCUACCACACGUCAUAAACAUCAAUCGCCACGACCAUCGGGUAUCUCACACAUAUUCUCUUGGUUUUGGGCUUUGGAAAUGCACGAUUUGUCACCAGAAGAUCGACUGGAGGUAUGGUGCUUAUUCUUGUUCGAAAUGUCCUGAUUUUUUCUUCCACUCCAAAUGCGCAACUAGAAAGGAUGUGUGGGAUGGAGUAGAACUCGAAGGGGUACCUGAAGAGUUUGUAGAUGUUUCACCAUUCAAAGUGAUUGACGACGGAGUCAUUAAUCAUUUCUCACAUGAUGAACAUAACUUAAGGCUUAUUGAUGAGGAUGCAAUUGAUCGUGAUAAAAGCAUACAAUGCGAAGCUUGCACAGGUUCUAUCUUUUCUGAUAAGCACUAUAGCUGUAUGGAAUGUGAUUUUUUCAUCCAUGAAACAUGCGCCAAUCUUCCUCUUCAAAAAAGACACGGGCUUUGCACAAAGCCGCUUACUCUAUUAACUAUCAAAAAGGAUACCGAAAAUCGUUUAUUUCAGUGCACCGCCUGCGAAAAAGUAUCAAAUGGUUUCAGGUAUGAAUGUGGUGAUACUAUCCUAGACGUACGGUGUGCGUCCAUGUCAUGGUAUUGUGAUUAUGAAUGUCACCCGCAUACCCUCUUCCUCACUACGCUUGACAGGGAAACUUGUGGGGCAUGUCUUGAAACUGAUAAACAAGUGCUGCAUUGCGUUGAAUGUAAGUUCACCUUGGACUUCAAGUGUGCUACUCUACCAAAAAAGAUAAAGCACAGGUGCGAUGACCAUUUUCUGUCGUUGUGUUUUGGUGAGAAGGAGAAGCCCAGGGGUAAGUACUGGUGUGAGGUUUGUGAAACCGUUUUAGAUCCACAAAAAUGGUUUUACUCAUGCGGUGAUUGCGGAGUCGUUUGUCAUAUUCGAUGUGUGCUCGGUGAUCUUUGGAAUGCCAAGCCCGAUUUACUCGGCAGUGGAGAUGGAGGUAUACUAAAACUGGUUCCCAACGAUAGUAUGUCGCGACCAAAAUGUGGUUCAUGCGGCUCUCGUUGCCAACAACCCCUGCUUUACAUGGCUUCCGCCCCUGAUAUGAAGGAAUUCUUUUGUGACUUUCAAUGUGUUGAAAAUUUCUAUAGAUCGACAAGAUCGUGAUGCAUAUUAAAGAGGCUGCGUGGCGGGUAUCAGCAGACGUCACAGGCGGGCUAGCAACAAGUCGGGUUCAGCUACUAGCUGCGAGAUUAUUCUUAGUUCUGCACUGUUUGUUGUUUGCCUACUUUUUCAUGAACGUAUUCUGAAAAACGCUUUAUUUGUCUCUGUCUUUCUCUUUAGGAGAGUUCUUUUGCUUAAUACUGAUAAUGUACUUGAGUGUGAAGAGUUUGACUCUUAAUAAUGUUUUGCGAUGCUUUCUGUUUUCUUUAUCUCCU